AUGCAUCCAAGUGAAGCGGAGGGACGUACGGAGGAGAGACGUACGGAGGAGGGACGUACGGAGGAGGGACGUACGGAGGAGGGACGUACGGGGGAGGGACGCACGGAGGAGGGACGUACGGGGGAGGGGAAAGAGGGACCCGACAACGUGGGUCUUUACAACUUUUAUAAUAAUAUCAUCCCGAGUCAGUCCAUCAGAACAGCAAUCUACACAAACAUAAAAGGAAACAGAAAAAAGUAUUUACUCUAUGCUUGCAGUAACUAUCUCAACGUAUGUUCAGUGGAUAAGGAUGGCUAUACAAGUGACUACAGCAAGCAUGCAGUCUUUGCUGAAAUCCUGGAGCUGAGAGAGUACAUUCCAGAAAAAUUAGCUGAUUUAGGAAUAAAGGAAAAUAUAAAAUCGUACGUUUUUUUACUAACGAGGAAGUAUAACUUGUUGCUCCUCCAUUUCGAUGUGAAGCUGAACGAUUUUGUUACCAUCUCACAUGUUAAUUUACACGAAAUUAAUGGCAUGAAUAUUGAAGAAGACAUCACUCUCCUGUUGGAUGAUCGGAACAGGACUCUCCUAUUCUAUGGGUACAAAAGUAUACUAAAAUAUAUACACAUAGACUAUGACGAUUAUUUUAAUUUAAGCCACAUCUACACUUUGAGGCUGGAUGAGGGGCUGGUCAUAGACAUCAUUUUUUUGAAGUUCAAACAGGGGAGGGGGAGCGGGGAGGAGAAGGACCAAGCGAAGGCCUUCCAGCUAAGCACCAGCAAGCACAGCAUAGACACACAUGACGAGUAUGCAGCUGAGCCAAAUCUUAAUGUAAAGGGAGACCCCCACCGAAGCAGCACCAAAAACAGAGGUGAUCAUUUCACCACCGAUUUAGGAACAGGCAUUAAGACAGAAGGGAGAAGCAAUACCCUGGAGGGAAGUAUCAAACAGGAGAGUAGGAGCAGUGUUAACGAUGGGCAGUACACCACCGUAGAACGAAUCAAGAGACAGUACGCAGAUAAGACGGCAUCCCUUGAUCACGACACGUCCGCUAAUGGAACUUUCUCGAGAAACGAAGAAAGGGGCACAUCAAAUCUGAGGGUAAAGAAAGGGCUCAGUGAAUGGACAUGCAGAACUGAGAAUCACUCUCAGGAUGGACACCCCCAAAUGGAAACCUUUAUGGAUAGUUUUUUUGCGGAUAGUUUUGCGGAUGACAUACAUCGGGGAAUUGACGAAUCGAGAAAAAAGAAUGAUACUCAUGGAAUCUAUCAAAAGGGAAGGAAAAAACAGAAAAGCAAAAUAAGUGCCACGAUCUGUGUCCUGUAUGAUGCCAAGAAAAAGGAAUCCACUACCUACGAGAGGUACAUAAGACUGAUCCGUUUAUAUUCUGUCAAUGAUGAGCACCGUCCUAGCAGUUUAAGUGAAACCAGCACAUCUAUACACCCACGCGUAAAAAAUGGGUUCAGUGAACACGGUCAUGGUCAUGUGCAAACUAGUGGUGCUUCCUACCAAAACAGCAACGAAUUCAUUUCUGUAAAGGAACCCAAGGAUGAAGAAAAGUGCAUCCACCUGAUGUACUACAAGCCCGUAGUAGUGGACUCCAGCAUAAACAAGCUCCUCUGUUUCGCCAAAAAUAAGUUAAUGUUGGUUGGCUUCCAAUUCAUUAGCUAUGUUAACUUGGAAACGGACAAGGACAGGAAUUUUUUCCUGAGCUCUGAGUUAAGAACCAUUCGAUGUAUUGAACACUUGAGUAGAAAUAAAUUCAUUUUAUCCGACGAUUAUGGAGACCUGUUCAUUUUAACUUGCCUUUAUGAAUCCACUCCGUCUUCGCUCAGAAUAAAAAGUGAUUGUAGCAAUGUGGGUAGCUCCCCGGGAGGGGGCCCUUCCACGGGGGUUGGACCUUCCAUGGGCUGCGAAAGGGGGGAAAGCCGACAAGGCGUAAACCACGGCGACGACGUGAACAACCGCGCUAGCAUCAGCAUGAACAGUUGCGCGAAUAGUUGCGCGAACAGCUGCAUGAACAGCUGCAUGAACAGCUGCGUGAACAGCUGCGUGAACAGCUGCAUCAACUCCAUCACCCUGCAGUUCAUAGGCACCUGCUCCAGGUCCAACGUAAUUGUGUCCCUAUUCCCCGACAUCAUAUUUCUGGGCUCCCAAGUGAGUGACAGCUAUUUGCUGCGGAUGCACAAUUAUCCUGUAUGUGAGUACGAAGACUACAACCCAGUGGAGCCUCCCCCCCUCGCGAGCCACAGUGAUUUUCAUUGUUUGCUAAGCGAUAGACAUGUCGGAGGAGGAGCGACUGACCAUAAUUUGAAUCAUGAGGAUGGAGGUUCCCUUGGGGGGCAGCUCCCUAAAAGGGGUGCAACGAACGAGGCCAACAAGGCGAACAAGGCGAACAAGGCGAACAAGGCGAAUGGGACCGAUGGGACCGAUGGGACCGAUGGGACCGAUGGAACCAGUAGAUACAGUGGAACCGAUGCGGCGAAUGGGACGAACGCCCGAUUUUACCACCUGGAGGGUGCACCGCAGCGCGAAGGCCUUCUCAAGGGUGAUGCGGGCGCGGAGCACGCCCUGUUCCCCCAAAGCGCUAACGGAAGCUGCGGAUUCAGCCACUGCUAUGACGAAAAUAUGCUCCGACAUCGCACCGAUUACACAAGCGUAACCUGUUUGGAGAAUGCCAGUCUUAACACAGAAGAGAUCAUACAAAACAUGGGACCCAUUUUAGAUUUCUGUGUCGUAAAAAAUAAAAAUCAAGAGAAAGAAAUUAUAACGUGCAACAGUUACGGACGAACUGGAUGUAUAUCGAUCAUUAGGAAUGGGAUGAAAGUGGACAUAAUUUCAAAGCUCAACUUUGGAAAAAUUACUAAUAUGUUUGUCGUCAAGUAUGUUAUUCACCUCAGGAAAAGCUCCCCCACGGGGAAUGUUGCGGAUGAUUAUGGUUCCGGAGGAGGGUCGGCACAGAAGAGGAACAUCCACGGAGAGGAGAAGUCACGAAGGGAUGAGAAUGCCUCCCACAAGAGUGACCAUCCAAACGAAAAGCAGUUUUUACAAAAAAAUCAGAUUUUUCACACCCAUAGUGAAGAAAAACGAAAGAAACCUCUACACUUCCAAGCAUUCGCAUACCUAAAUGAAAAAAACAGUGUCGAAAUAAAGGACAUCAAUUUGUGUUUUCUAAAUAAGUACUACUUCCAGAAUGAAAACGAAAUCGACGUUUUGAAUUAUGCCAAUUUUAUAUAUUUUCACGUUUUCAUCAUUUGUUUGUCUUACGGGUUUCACACCAAGGUGGUCGGCGUGUGUAGGGAGACACCCGGGGCAAGGGCCGAGAGGAACAGACGCGGUGUGCCAAGGGAGGCCACUCCGAGGGAGGCCACUUCAAGGGAGGCCACUUCAAACACGGGGGAGCAUCCACAUGGUCAGAAGAAGAAGAACCACCACAACGAUGAAGGUGGUGAUAAUAAUGGUGGUAAUAAUAACAAUGAUGAUGCACCGACCAACCACACGAAUGAGCGCCCCCCGAAUGGGCGCCCACCGAAUGAUUAUCCCUUUGGAUGUGGAGGAGGACCCUCGAACAACCAAAACGAAAUCUGCCUUUGUGAAUAUAAAGAUGUAGAUGUGGAUCUGACCAGCAACACGAUACACUUUAAUGUGUUAAAGAAUUUCCCUUACCUAGUGCAAGUGACCAAUCAGCAUAUCAAUCUGCUUUGCUGUUUAUCUCUAAAAAUGGUGUACCAAUUGGAGAAGGAUUACAUUUUUAGGUUUUGCUUAUAUAAUGAUUACUUCUAUGUUUAUUGUGACAGGGGUAUUGAGGUGUACUCCGUUGAGGAGAAAUACCUGCAGCUUUUGUAUACCCACGAGGUCAGAGAAACGAUUAACUCCGUCGUGGUGUACAAAAGCUUGAUGGCAUGUGUGCUUAACAGUAGGGAAGUGGCCCUGUUUAACAUAGACCAUGGGGCGCUGGACCGAAUUAGAAGUGCGUUUCGGAGCUCUGCAGGGGACGGCGCGCCUCUCAAGGAGGAGAAGAAGAAGGAGAAGGAGAAGAAGAAAAAAAACAACCCUCUGAACGAGGAGAAGGGGAACGGCAGGGGCAUCUUCGUCCAGGCCAACCUCUACACCCCCUCGCUGGACUACUUCGUCUUCAUAUCAGACGUCCAAGUGCUAGAGCUUAACGAUAAUGUGUACCUAUUUGUUGGGUACAGCAACGGGGUAGUGGAAUAUUUUCUGCUGUGCGCGGAUAGGAGGGGGGUGGAGGCAGCUCGAGUGGACGAUCACUCCAGAGGGGGGGGCAAAAGGGGAGGCAAAGAGGGAGGCAAAGAGGGAGGCAUAAAAGGAGGCAUAAAAGGAAGCCAUAAGGGAGGCAUAGAAGGAAGCCAUAAGGGAGGCAUAGAAGGAAGCCAUAAGGGAGGCAUAGAAGGAAGCCAUAAGGGAGGCAUAAAAGGAAGCCAUAAGGGAGGCGUAAAAGGAAGCCAUAAAGGAAGCCAUAAGGGAGGCAAAAAGGCAGACGAAUCGAAGAACCAACUCGCCCACGCGGAGAGACCACCACAUAGGCGCCGAACCCACGACAACUUGUUCAGGCUGCACAAGUCCUACUUGAAAAAAAAAGAAGAAAGCCUACGAUGCAUUUAUCGAGACGAACUCAUUAAUAGAGAGAAACAACCCACACACAGUUACAAAAUAAAAAUUACAGAUACUAUGAAGAAGCAGAAAAAGGAAAAGAAAUACAAAAGAGAUUUAAUUAGAUACAUGUCCGAAACGCAUGCGAAUGUACUUCCAUACUUCAACAGUGAAAAAAAUGUCUUCACCAAUUUGUCUGAUUUACAUAGCUUAUGUGUCAAGGAUCAGGAGGAUGAAAUUUUAUUGGAUUAUGAUUUAUUUCACCAUGCGAACCCUGAAUCUGAUACUUUUGUUGGCAUGGAGGAUAUUUUGCAAGGACGUCACUCGGGGAGGGUGCUAGCUGAGGAGGCUGAAUCGGGUACAGGUGGAGCCAUCCGGGGGGGUGAUGGAAGCGCCGACCAACAGGGUGAGAGCAUCGACCAACAGGGUGAGAGCAUCGAACAGCAGGGUGAGAGCAUCGAACAGCAGGGUGAGAGCAUCGAACAACAGGAUGGGGACAACCCUCCUGACGACGCGGACCAGUUGAGCGAAUGCAGCCAGUACGUUAAGUACCCAGGUUUACCAUCCAGGUUGACAAACAAACCCUUCAGGAGAAACAGAAAUGGUAAAAGUCAUCACAAAGAAAUGAGUCUCCAUCGGAAGAAGGCCAAAUACUAUUUUCAGUUUUUUCAAAUUUAUGGCAUGUCAUCUGAGGAAUCUUCUGAGGAAGACCUUUUGAACUUUCGCACCUUCGAAAUAUUGGACGCGAAAAUGAAGCAGAGGAGGAAGGUAUCUCACGCCAGGGAUACAGUGAACUGUGGAAGCAGUUACUGCGAUGGGAAAAGCAGUCGAAGCAGCAAGUAUAUCCUUCGCGAUGAUGUGCUUAGCUAUGACGGGGAUGCGCGCAACCAUGUGGGAGGGAAGCGCAACUUGGGGGGGAAGAAGCUCACCUCGGGGGAGAAGAAGCGCACCUCGGGGGGGAAGCACAAACCGUUAAGCAAAACUCCCACUCUUUCAAGCGCGUCGUCCGAUUCUAACACAGAUGGCAACCAUGUGUAUACUUCAACAGUGAGGAAGGCCAUCAACUUGAACCACGAAAUGGUUAGCGAGCACUGUCCCCCCGCUGCUACCCACGAUGGAAGAAGGAGGUCCUCGCACGGGGAGGCGAAGCUUAAGGUACCCAGAAUUUCCAGCGCAGUGGACGAAAUGAGUGCGAGCGACCCAGAAAGGAAAGCGACAAAGGAGGAGCAGGAGGAGGGAUCGACGAGAGAUCCCACCUCACUGAUAAGAGAAACAAAAAAGGGAAAGGAUAAACUGGACCCGAGUAAGGCAAAUCUGGGAAGAAGGAAAAUGUGCAAAGAGGAGGAGAGCUCCAGUGGUGGGCACUCCGGGGAGCGGCACGGUGAUGACCACUCGGAGGAGAGCUCGAGUGAUGACAAGUCGGACUGCCGCUCCGCUGAUGACAAAUUGGACCCUCACCCCACUGAUGACCAGUCGGACUGCCGCUCCGCUGAUGACCAAUCGGACUGCCGCCCCACUGAUGACCAAUCGGACUGCCGCCCCACGGAUGAUAACCAAAGGCGCGGUCCCCGCUCGCGCGGCGCGCCCCACAAAACGGACAUAAAUAAUGAGGAGCACCUGCUAGAAAAAAUGAAGAAAAACAAAACGAAUUUAACGAGAAAGGAACUCAAACAGAUGAAGGAAAAAGAAGAAAUCCUUAGUGAUAUUUUCCAAAGGAAAAUAAAGAAACAAUACAAUGAUAUCUAUGUCCGAGAAAAACAAAUGGGUUCAGGAAAAUAUAGUGACGUAGAUGCACAAGUAGAUGCAGAAAUAUCAUCAGAUGCAUCUGUCUGUUUUAAAAAUCUUAACAAUAUCCUCUUUGAUGAAAAAGUAUAUCUAAAAAGAUACGUCGUACAAAGUGAAAAAUUAUUUUUAACCAAAAGGAGAAAAAUUUCCACAUGUACAAAAAAUCCUGUCAAGUUUAAAAUAUUUCGAAAAGUUCACUCAGAAAAAAAUCAGAUUGAUAUUAACAUGAGCAAGAUUACCAAGAGAUGCAAUUUUCUUUUUGUCUGUUGUGACAACCCUAUCAUUAUUUAUUCUACACUGAAGAAAAAAGUUUCCGUCUCCAAAUUAUCCAUUAGGAAUGUACACCUCGUCGAUAUGUUUAGUGACUUCAAUUAUCUGAACCCUUUUCAUAACUUCUUGUCAUUUAAAAAAAAAUCAGAACAAUUCCUACUUCAUUUUUUUCGAUGGAUAUAAAUGAUGAAGCAAAUAGUUUGCUUCUUCGACCCCUUCCAGAACUCGUUCAAGUAUACCUAUAUCAUUCCCUCCAAGUUUAGCGUCUCCAGUAUAUUCAUUUAUGAAUUGGCUCCAAACCCUUCCUCGGGCGGAGACCACUCUGUGCAUGAAAUGAACGAGAUGGAUCAGGCCAACACGGAGGACGGGGCUGUCAGCCCCCCCGUGCGUACACUCAUUUGCGUGGGCACGGCUAACAACAACGAGCGCAUCACGGAGCCCUCCUCCGGGCACAUCUAUGUGUUCGUGGCUAAGAAGAAGACCAACCAGUUCGAAAUCAAGCACAUAUACACCUACAACGUGAACUGCGGCGGGAUCACCCACUUGAAGCAGUUCCGCGACAAGAUCGUCGCGGCGGUCAACAACACGGUCGUCAUCCUCGAUAUCGGAAAUUUUCUGGCCAACUUAGCCACCUACAUCUACAACUCCAGCAAAGCCAUUGCCAUUCUCAACGAAGUGUGCAGAGACUACGCGAACAUUUGGUGCACAUCAAACAUCAAGUUCAACGACGAGGAGUCUUUCAAGCUAUCGGUAAAAAGGCGAACGCAUGUGUGCACUGAGGAGGGCCGAAACGAAAUUGUGCAGAAGGAGCGGAGCAUCCUGUGUGCCUCCAGCGAAGGCUCGAUCAGCGCCCUCAUUCCGUUUUCCAACUUCCUACAGUUUAAGAGGGCCCUGUGCAUCGAAAUUGCUAUAAACGACAACAUCUCCUCCCUCGGGAAUUUGAGCCACAGCUCGUAUCGAGAGUACAAAGUCAGCUUGGCCUCCAAAAACUGCAAAGGUGUAGUCGACGGGGAACUCUUUAAGAUGUUCUUUUACCUUCCCUUUGAGCGGCAGCUGAAGACGUACAUUUACGCCAAGUGGAUCGCCAAAAAGUUGAACUGCAAGCUCGGGAGCUUCGAACACUUCAUGGUGGACAUAGAGAAUCUGUGCGGCCUUUUGUAA